AUGCCGCUAGGGCAGAACAAAUCAAACUUUGGGCCCAGACUCGGGUACAAAACAGAUGCAGACGAAAUAGCUCCCGUACCACCAUUUCAAGGAUCUAAAGAGGACAAAAUCCUAACUCGAAAGCGUCAGGCAUUAUUUCUUCGCCAAACUUUAUUGAUUGCUGAGCGCUUUAGUCAGAAUCCGGUUACUCCAGCGAUGUUGGCUGCCGCUUUACCCUGGUUGGAACGGGAGCAAUAUGAUAAUAUCGCUGUGGAGCGGAACGCUCAUGGGAAUUGUGGCUACGUACUCUGCCAGAAACCGCGUGGUACAUCAAUCCGUCAGGUCUAUCGCAUCAGUUCUCAUAGACGCCGGGUCUAUGAUGCAACCGACCGUAAGCCGUUCUGUUCGGAUUGGUGCUAUCGAGCAUUUCAGCAUGUUCGAAAACAAGUCUCUCCUGAACCGGGAUGGUGUCGCAUAGUUCCGAAUCCUUAUAGAACUCCUAAGCUCUCACUUCUCCCAGUGAACGCCCCAGGUCGCCCAGGGAAGUUGGUGUUGGAUAUCUUGCAUCAGAUGCGAUUAGACAGGGCUUCUUCACCCGUGAAUUUCUCUGACGAAGAAAACGAUAACGAUUGGGACCGAAAUUCCAUUUCCGAUACCUGUUCGGAUACAUCCGGAGACGACCACUCCGAGAUCCUGGACAGUGAUGAUGAUCGUUUUGGGAACAGUCGCAUGAAUCCAAACAGACUUAUUUCGCGAAGCAAACGGCCCCCAAUUGAGACUACCUGGGGUAAACAAGUGAAACUGCCUACUCGUAAUCUGGUCAUUGAGAGAAACAGCGAGACAAAGCAUAUUUCAACUCCCGAUAAAACUGUUCCCAUUCCUCCAAUGCCAGAGGUGCCAGGUCCUUCAUUUGUUCGUGACCCACUGCGCACUGUGGCUCAUCGAUUAGAUCAGUGGUUGUCUUCUAGAGCUAUAUCGCUCCUCACUUCGCGUUGCGUCAAAGGUGAUAUAGAACCACAAUCAGACUUACCGCAGGCUAGUAAUCUUUCGGAACUAAACCCUGAGAAACAGAACGAACCAGUUUGCCAGCCCGGUGUUGCUCGAGAUGAGGAUCCCUUGGUGAGUGAUGAUCAUUCGUUUGCACGAAUACUCGUGAAAUGA